CAUGCUCUUUUCCCCUGUUUGUCUCCCAGGUGCAUCUCCAGCCCCAAGCCAUGUCCUGCUACAACGCCUGCCUGCCCUGCCAGCCCUGCGGCCCGACCCCACUGGCCAACAGCUGCAAUGAGCCCUGUACCCUGCAGUGCCAGGACUCCAGGGUUGUCAUCCAGCCCUCCCCGGUGGUGGUGACCCUGCCCGGACCCAUCCUCAGCUCCUUCCCACAGAACACUGCCGUGGGAAACUCCACCGGUGCUGCCGUUGGCAGCAUCCUCAGUGAUGCGGGAGUGCCCAUCAACUCUGGGGGCUUUGGCCUCUCCGGCUUGUCUGGCUUCGGUGGCCGCUACUGUGGCAGGAGAUGCUUCCCCUGCUAAAGGUGCUGACCAGGGCCCUGGGGAAGGUGCCCAUGGAUGGCAGAGAUGAUCCCGCACUGGGGAUGGAGCAUAGGCUUGUUGCUUUGAUAGGAGCUGAGCAACCCCAGCACUCCUUAUAAAAGGUCGGGGUCAGCCUGGGCUCUCACAAAGCACGGCCCAUGACUGCCUUUCCCCUCUGCCACUCUCUCCUUUCCCUCCUCUGUCCUUGUUCUGUUUUGCUCCCCUGGGCUGUGAGCCCCACCAAGCCAGCCUAGGGAGGACCUGCUUGCCCUACUGCCUUUGUGGGGCAGAUAGGGAGGUGGAUACCCGGUGGAUAACUGUUGGAUAUCUUGUGGCUUCUCUGCCAUAACCAUGGGGCACGGAUUCCUUUCUGCCCUUUGUGUUCUCUGCAUUGGGUUUUCCACUCAGACACUUUCAUUGUAUUAUUUUCACAAAAUAAAGUUCUAUUGCAUCUCA